AAAUGGCUUAUUUUGGAAAUAAUCCAUAGCGUGGAGAAUUAUAAGAGCUUUAUGCAGAUUUAAAUGAUUUAAAUUUUGAAAAGAAGAAAGAAGUAAAUAUUAUUGUAAAUAUUAUAGGCUGUAAAGAAAGUGAUUGCUUAUAUGACAGUGGGUAAAGAUGUAUCAGAGUUAUUUCAAUCAGUAAUAAAGUGUUUAGAAUUUAAUGACAUAGAAAUGAAAAAGCUAGUAAGAUUGUAUGAUUAUUCUAUAGAUUUAUUUAUACAUUGUUAAUUAUUCAAGAUAAAAGCCUGAUGAUGCCAUAAUGGUGAUAUAAAAUUUUCGAAAAGAUGUGAGAAAAUCAGAAAAUCCUUUAGUAAGAGCACUUGCAAUAAGAACAUUUGGAUGUUUGAGAGUACCAAAACUUAAUGAAUAUUUAAUUGAGCCUUUAAAAGAUUGCAUAUAAGAUGAUGAUCCAUAUGUACGUAAAACUGCUGUUUUAUGUGUUCCAAAAGUAUACAUAAACUUGAUCAAAAUAGGUAUUUGAAGUGUCACCAGAUAUAUGUCCUGCAUUAUUGGAAUAAUUGUAAAAAUUGUUAGAGAAAGAAUCAAAUGCUUUAGUUUUGGCUAAUUUGAUUUAAUCAAUGAGAGAAAUUGAAGUUGUUAGUGGUAAACAACUUAUAAAUUUGAAUCAAAAGAUCAUUUAAAAAUUAUUAUUAGCUGUUGAUGAAUGUAUAGAAUGGGGCUAAAUAUUUAUUUUGGAUUAUUUAGCUACUCAUAAUCCUUAAGAUUCUAAAUAAGCUGAAAUAAUAAUUGAAAGAACACUUCCAAGACUUAGUCAUAUUAAUCCAACAGUUACUUUCUGUGCUGUCAAAGUAAUACUCAAAUAUUUGGAUUUUCUUGAUAAUGGAGAACUAGUUAAAAAUUUAUGUAAGAAAGUAGCACCUUCUUUAAUUUCUUUAUUAUCUUGGAAUCAACCUGAAGUUUAAUAUACUAUUUUAAGAAACAUUUCUUUAAUUUUAUAAAAGUUUCCAAUCUUAUUUGAAAAUGAAGUUAAAGUCUUCUUUUGUUCAUUUAAUGAACCCUAUUAUAUUAAAUAUGAAAAAUUAGAUAUUAUGGUUAGAAUUUGUGAUUCUAAAAACUUUGGACAAGUUCUUAAUGAACUUCUUAUUUAUUUAAAUGAGGCUGAUCCUCAUUUUGUAAGAAAGACUAUUAAAUCAAUUGGAAAAAUUGCAAUUACUUAUGACAAAGCAUUAGAAAAGUAAUAUAAUUAUUCAAAAUAAUAGAGCUGUAUCUAUUUUAGUAGAAUUUGCUAAAAAUGUUUAAUAACCAACAGAACCUGUUUAAGAAUUACUAAUGUAGAUGCAACUUAUUUAUAAAAAGAGUAAAUAAAUGUAUAAAUAUGAUGAGAGCUUAAAAAUAAUAUAUUCUAUAGUUGAUUAUGCUAAUGAACCAGAAUCAAAAGUACUUUAUUUAUUAUUUAUAAAAUAGAGUGCAUGUGCCUGGAUUUUAGGAGAAUUCGGAGAAUACAUUCCAAAAUCAGUUGAAAAAAUGAAAGAAUAUAUAGAUAAUUUUUAAAUGGAAGAUAGAUUAGUUUAACUUUAAUUACUCACCUCAGCAGUUUAAUUAUAUCUUAAAUAUCCAUCAUAAUGUGCUACUAUUAUAUAAUAAUUGAUUACUUCUGCUAAAGAUUCAUUCAAUCCAGAUGUUAGAGAUAGAACUUACAUAUAUUGGAGAUUAUUAUCAACAGAUCCUGAAGUUGUUAAGAAUUUAGUAUGUUUUAAUAGUGGAGUUGUAUCAAACUUUUCAAAGGAUCUACGUUUAUGGGAAACAUAAGAUUUAGUUUUAGCUUUGGAAAAUAUGGGUAGUAUAAGCAAUCUAUUUCAUAAACUACCACAUCAACUUUAUAAGAACAUUAAAAUUAAAAUUAAGUAAUUUUGUUAUUCUAAUUCUCAAGCAAUUAACAUGAUGUCAAAAUUUAUAAAGGAGAAGAAAAACCAGAUACUUAACCUUAACCUUAAGCUUAAAAUUAAUAAGAUGGAAGUAACCAAAAUAACAAAAAAGAUUAAUAAUAACAGUAAGAUAUUGAUCUUUUAAGUUUUGAUGAACCUCCUUCUAAUAUUAAUAUUAAUAAUAAUAAUAAUAAUAAGACAGAUGUAUUUGAGCUUAUUUGA